GAAAGCACGAGUUAUUGCCCUUUGAUACAACAAAAAGCGACCUCUGGUUCCUGUCGUCGCCAUAUUUGUCCACAAAAUGACACCCGAAGAACCGUACCCUUCUCUGUUCUGUCGUUCCAACGUGUGACGGACCCUUUUUACCAACUCAAAGACCCAGCCAUAAAGACCACAACAGAAGGUGAUGGAAUAUCGAAAUGUCGUCUACAAUGCCGCACGUGACGGCAAAAUAAACCGAUUAAAAAUCUUCUUGGACCACAAGUCUAAAGACGAAGUCGUCAAACUAGUGCACGCCAAAACAAAUGGAGCCACCCCUCUUAUCAUGGCUUGUCGAAAUGGACAUCUAGAUGUAGUCAGGUAUCUAUUGGACCUUUGUAAAGCUGACCUGGAACAGGUUGGAUGCGUGACCUUCGACGGAGAAACCAUAGAGGGAGCGCCUCCACUAUGGUGCGCUGCUGCGGCAGGCCACACUCCAAUAGUGAAAUAUCUAGUCGACAGAGGAUCAGGAGUCAACAAAACAACGUUUACCAACUCAACACCUCUUAGGGCAGCCUGCUUUGAUGGCCAUAUUGAAAUAGUUAAAUUCUUAGUUGAACAUAAAGCAGACAUUGAAGUAGCAAACAGACAUGGACAUACAUGUUUAAUGAUAUCCUGCUAUAAGGGACAUAAAGAUAUAGCGAAAUUUCUGUUAGAACUUGGUGCUGAUGUUAACAGGAAAAGUGUCAAAGGCAACACAGCCUUGCAUGAUUGUGCUGAGUCAGGAAGUUUGGAUAUUAUGAAGAUGCUGCUUAAAUACAGUGCAAAGAUGGAAAAAGACGCAUAUGGCAUGACUCCUCUACUUGCAGCCAGUGUAGCAGGCUAUUCCAAAAUAGUUGAGUACCUCAUUACCAGGCAGGAUUGUGAUAGGCAAGAAAAAAUUGAUGCUCUAGAACUUUUAGGAGCAACAUAUGUAGAUAAAAAGAGAGACAUGCUGGGUGCUGUUAGUUUUUGGAGAUCUGCGAUGGAAGAGAGAUAUGCAAGUUCCCGUUCUCCAGUUCCCAAACCUCCAUCCGGUUCUCAAGUUGCUGCCUAUGAAAAUGCUAACGAAGUGGUAUCAUUAGAUCAACUAGAUGAACUUGCAUCUGAUCCUGAUAACAUGAGAAUGCAAGCAUUACUUGUUCGAGAGAGGAUUCUUGGUCCUGCCCACCCAGAUACCUCAUACUAUAUCAGAUACAGAGGGGCCCUGUAUGCAGAUAUGGGGAAUUUCGAUCGCUGCAUAAUGCUAUGGAUGUAUGCCUUAGACAUGCAGCAAAACGUUUUGGAGGCUCUCAGUCCAAUGACUCAGAGCAGUUUCUUGUCUUUCGCUGAACUGUUUUCCUUCAUGACAACUGAGUGGAGAAACCGACCUGCUCAUCCUGUGGCAUUUCGUGAUAUCAUGGAUGUUCUAUUGCGGGCUAUCAAAGAAUUAGGCCAAGGUCAGGAUCACUUGAUGAAAAUCUCAUUACCUGAGCGGGAUUUAAGUCACUUCAACAAACUCCUUAUCAUAAUAAUGCAUGUUCUGUGUUUAAUGUGUCGCCUUCAGAAAUCUUUGAAACCAGAGGAAGAGCACGAACUUAAACAAGUUGUGUACAAACUAGUACAAAUGAAUCCACGAGGCACCAAAGGCUACACCCCCCUCCACCUGGCUUGUUCAAAAGAUACCACCAAUGUUGGCAGAUACCCUGUCUGUUCCUUCCCUUCUGCAGAAGUUGCUCAGCUACUCAUUGAAGUGGGUGCAGAUGUGAAUGCUGUGGACAUUGAUAAGAAUUCACCUCUGCACAUUGCUGCAGCUAAUCGACCUUGUAGGUCAGAGGUGAUCCGUACAUUGCUGAAAAAUGGUUCUCAUUUGGACAUGUGCAACGGAGAUAGGAAAACAGCUAUGCAAUUAAUACGGGGGAUGAGUAUAAAUGAUAUAGUCUCUCCUCUAAACUAUCUAUCCUUACAGUGUUUGUCAGCUCGCAAAAUUGUUAAAUGUAAUAUUCCAUUUAAAGGUCAUAUUCCUCAAAAACUGGAGUCCUUUAUUCUUAUGCACUGAUGAUUAUCACUAUAAAAACAAAAUGGUUUGUCCUCAAUAUCAGUUUUACUAGUGUGUAUAUAUUGAUAAAGGAGAUGAGAAAUUCUUUCCCAUUACAAUUUUCAGUAUCUAAUCUGGUCAUUUUAAGGUCUGACAUUUAAAAGACUAUUGUUACUUUUUAGAUUCUUUAUUAGCAAAUUUAAGAGAAACACUGCAUGUAUCAUAAUCUGAAGCUCUGAAGUAUAAAGGACACUAAAGUAUUGCAGGCAGUGUUUAAAUGGUUUAAAAUGAUAAAUAUAUAUUUGACUUGUAUGUUCUCAACAUCAAAGUAGUAAUUUUCUGAGAUUUUGUCAAAAGCAACAAUUUAGACGUGUGCAUUUAAAUGAUUUUUUUUGUGUUUCCGUUAUGUGUUUUGUUUAUAGAAAAUCAAAACUUUACAAGAUCAUUCCAUUUGAGUACAUAAAAUGUUGCACCUUUUUGUUAUUUAAAUAACCAUGUGUGGUCCUAAGUUUGCUCAUCAAAAACAAAACAAUCAAAAUUAGAUCUGAAGAUGCUGUGAAGGUUAAUUUUUUGUUGUUGUAUUUUACCCACACUUUUAUGAAGUGAUUUUUUUUGUAUUUUACUCACACUUUUAUGAAGUGAUAGGUGGUAAGGAAUGUAUAAAAUUUAUAUGAAGUUAUGAAAUUAUGUUUAUGGAUCAAUGAAUUCUGUAUUGUGAAAGAUCUGUUCACAGUAAUUUAUUUUACGUACUAGUACAUUGUAUUUUGCAAUGACCACUGUAUAUUACAUACUAAUGUUAGAAGAUGUGUACACAGUUGAAUUCUGAUUGGCUGAAUACCUAAAUACCAUAUUUUUUUUCAUCAUAAAAAGUUGUAAUGAAGUUUUUUUAAUGAACUUACAUAAGUGAAAAUAGAUAAAUGGGCCACUAUUACAUAUGGGAUAAUCGGGGCUGUUUGAGGAAGAAUAUGAUUUUGAAAUUACACUCGUAAUUGGGAUUUUGAAAUGCAUAUCAUAAAAGAAUACUGCUGUAUUGCUUGGCAGUAUGAAAGUGUUUAAGGUUUCAGUUGCAAAAAAUUAUCAAAGGUUUUAAUUGAAUCAGAGGUCAGACAGGUUUGAAUUCAGAGGAAAUGAAAAGUAAUGAACAUGAAUUGAUGAAUGUCGGACUUCUGAGUGAAUUUGAUGUAAUUUAUAGUAAUUUUUCAUGCAAGUGUGUCUACUUGUAUUUAUUAUGUAAUGUACGUGAAAGAAUUUAGUGUGUAAAAGAGAUGCGGGUAAAUCCAUUUGGUCUGUAAAUUGAUUCAAUUCCCUGUUAAAGUAUGGAAUGUAACAUUAUUUUCUGUUUUGUCCAGAGACGGUGAAACUUGCAGUCUGUGAUAAUAUAAGAAUUGUCAAUGCAUGUCGGGAUGUUCGUUCAGCGAGAUUUAAUUUGUUGCUUUUGUUCUCUGUUUAUGAUAUAACACAUUACCAAGACAAUACUUCCUUCGAAUUUUACACCAGUACAAAUUGUAAGAAAAAUGUACUUUGUCAAAUUAUACAUUGUAUUAUCUUCGUCAUAGUUUGACUUGUGAUAAAUAGGUUGAAAAUAUGCAUUGCUGUUGUAAGGAUAGUUGCUAGAAGACACCACUUAAUAUUGUAAUAAGUAUGUGAGACCGUAAAUGUGAUGCAACAUUUCUGAUACAAAGAGCAGUUCAUGUAAUAAGAAUUUACCGUAUCUGUGACGUAGAGCAUUGGAAUGCGGGUGGUUUUGUCCCGAUUACCUGUACGCCCCAAGUGGAUUCGUCCUGAGUGGUUUCGCCCCCACUGAGUAUGUUAGCAACAAUUGUUGGAACGAUUGAUCAGUGCAUACUUUCCUUUAACGAUGAGCAAUUGAAUUGAAAUUUAUGAAUGCUAUAUAUGUAUUAAUUUACCGAUGUCCAAACUAUGUCCAUUUUUAUCAUUAUACCAAGAAAUUAUCAUAUGCAGUGGCGUAGCUAGGUCUGAAAUAUUUGUAAGCAGGGGGUCUGGGGACAUUUUUCGUAAUAUGUAAUAAAAAUUUAACGAAAAUAUUUGUAAGCACGUGCAUACAGUGAUACUGUGUAGCUACGCCACUGAUAUGAAACAGAAUUAGCAUUAUGUAGAUAAAAUUAGUGUGUCUAUCUAUUAUGUGAUUUUAUUAACCUUAGAUAUAUUUAUAUGAAUUACAAAAUAAAGAAUUUAAUUUUUUGAAAAAUUAGCAAUCAUAAAAAUAUCAUUGAUAUACAUUUCAUAACAAACAUUCUUUCAAGAGGCAUUUACUGCCGGUAAAAUUGAAUGAAAUUACAGACCACAGUUUAGAUUUUUUGCAAAAGAUAAAGUAAACAGGAAUAUUUUUUACUUCACCGAUGACGGACAUCGGAAACUACACCAAUUCUCACGCACACCUACACGCAGGUAAAUCGGGGCGAAACCAUUCGAUUAGUACAUCGGGAUGAAACCACUCGACUAUUAAAGCCAAUCUUCUACCUUAUGUUACCUGCAUUGAAAUUGGGAUGCAACCACUUGGUGCGAAUCCACUAGGUGUGAAUAAGUAAUCGGGAUGAAACCACCCGUUACCGAGCAUUGCUUCAUGUUCUCACUUCCAUCUCACGGAGUUUCCUCCAUUUAUAUUUGUAGUUGUUGAGCUGUUUGAUUCGGGGGUUCAUUAAUGAUUACAAAAGUUGUUUUUGUUGUAUUUGAUUAUGAUUUGGUGAACAUAAUUUACAGAUGAUCAAAACUUUCAAGAAAUGGCCCUGAUUUUAUCUUAUGCAUAUGGAAAUAUUCUCGUGGGAGCUUCCCUUGAUUUCAUUUUUUACUCACAGUGGGAUGUUUUUUUGGACAUUGUAGUUGAUCUAUUUUGGAAGGUAUAUUUAUUUGCUGUUAAUUAUUUCUGUCUUGUAAUUUUACAAAGAAUUUGUGGUAAUUGGAUAAUAUCAUUGAAAUUUUAAAUUACAACAUUUUUUGAAAAUUGAAAAACUAUAGGUCUAUUACAAACACAACUUGUACAAGAUAAUUGUUGCCAGUCUAUGAAACACAUUAGUGUGUGAACUGUUAUAUACUGCACUUUGCAUCAGAUUGGGGAAAGAAAGAAAAAAACCAUUUAAAGUAGUAUAGUUCAAUCCAAGACAUCAUUCCUCUACAGGAUAUUCAGCUGAACUUUUCACUAGCAACUAUUCUUUGUUUUAUCCUUGUGUGCUUGAGCAUCACCCUAACAUGCCAAUAAAGAGAUACCAUGCAGAA